AUGUCACCUAUUUCUGAACCACAACCAGCUGCCCAGCCCGCCGGUGCGAAGGCUUCUCAGCCUGUGCAAAUGUCUCAGCCAAGAACGCAACAGCCUAUGACCAACUACAGUAUAGUAAUCCCAUACGAAGUCAGGCCCAAUGCAGAUGUCCUCAAGGGUCGCAUCAUAAAACUGCUGCGGUACGCCCGAAUUGCAAUCGCCCUCGUUGGCAUACAGAUCAAUUUGGCAGUUACCCAAAUCUUCAAGCAAGAACCCUCUAUGCGGGUUAGGAAUGCUUUCACAGCCUGGGCUAGCAUUAGCCAUUAUACUACUGGCAGAAUCGCUCGGGGCAAGUACCUUGAUUACCAUCUCCCCGAAGGUCACCAGACGGAGUCGACUCGCAGUCGCCGUCACCAUAAAUGGUGA